AUGGGCGAUUUCGACCAUAUGUACCCACAGGGGCUUUACAAUCUCUCUAAGGAUCAGCAAGAUCUUCUUAUGGCCGCGCUUUCCUCCAACACGCCAGCCAACAAGCAACCUCACCACACCCCGCACCAAAAGCUUGAGCACAGCCCCGACCAGGCUUCCUCUAAUGGCAUGAGUGGCCCUCCCUCUGGAAACUUUGAAAACCCCUCCCACUUCAAUGCCUUCGGCUUCGGGGAUGAUGAAAGUCCAUUUCUCGAUUUCACCCCCGAGGUGGAUUUUGAAUUUCCUGGCUCAGCUCAUUUGAUCGGCGAUCUUCCUGGAGAUACCCCGUCCCAUGACUACGAAUCGGGUGAGAAGCGGAAGUCGAUGGAUGGCAAGUCAGAGGUGGACGCCGAGGAAACAGGGAAGAAGCGCCGCGAGAGUGAGGCGAAGAAGCCCGGUCGGAAGCCGCUAACCUCUGAACCCACUACUAAACGCAAGGCUCAAAAUCGAGCUGCCCAGCGAGCGUUCCGCGAGCGCAAGGAAAAACACUUGAAGGACCUCGAAACCAAGAUGGAUGACUUGCAAAAGGCCUCUGACACAGCUAAUCAGGAAAACGGAGUUUUGCGUGCCCAAGUUGAAAGAUUGCAGACGGAGCUUCGUGAAUAUCGUAAGCGACUCUCCUGGAUGACUAGUGGGAACGGGUUGUCUGCCAUGAGUGCUAUUCCCAAUGCACACUCCCAGGGCGCCUAUGGCCUGCAGAAUAACGAGUUUCUGUUUGAUUUCCCCAAAUUUGGUGAUCUACCCGGCUCGCAUCUGUUCAAUGGACAGAACAAGAAUGACCAGUCCAAGCCUAAAGAUAGGCAGACUCGUGUUCCAGGUGUCCUGAGUCGGGAGAACCUGCAUGGUCUAAUUGGAGCCCCUAUUGCUUCGCCCAUCUCGAAUUCGAACUCCAGCACCCCAACGGCCACGGGAAGUACCAAGGCAACCACCUCUAAGGGAACCCCCAAUAGUACCGCUUCCGCCAAGGUUCCCUAUACCAAAAAUAAACCAUCGACCACAUCAACCCAUGAAAAAUCGACAUCAGACUCUCCGUCAUCGUCAUCCGAUUCGCACCAGAGUCAGAUGCUGUCGUCAAACGGAACCUCACCUGAGCCGAGUCUUAACUCUCCGCCAGACACAAAGAACAAUGAGUCUGGCUGUAGUGUUCACGGCUCCGUAAACGGUGAGGAAUCCUUCUGCGCCAAACUUGGCAUGGCCUGUGGCAACAUCAAUAACCCCAUCCCAGCUGUGCGGGACCAACAGAACAAAUCCCACGGUGGCUCGAACGGUGGCUCGAACAAUCACCCCAUUGAUGAGACAUUUGGGCUCGACUGGCUGGCUCAACAAAAUGGUGGUCAAUUCGACCCAACGCUCUUUGGAGACUGGCGGGAGCCGCAGGAUGCGGUACUCUCCCAGGACUUUGGAACCUUUUUCGAUGAAGCCUUUCCUCUGCCAGACCUUGGCAGUCCAUCGCAUAAUUUGACCGAGGUGGCCACCCAGCCCUCCAAGAAGGAUUUGAUCUCUCAGAUCGACCGUAGGCUGGAGGAAGAGGUGGUCCCGGGCGAGGACAAAGCACAAAUGUUGUCAUGUACAAAGAUUUGGGAUCGCCUUCAAUCCAUGGAGAAAUUCCGUAAUGGCGAAAUCGAUGUCGACAACCUCUGCACCGAACUUCGGACCAAGGCUCGCUGUUCCGAGGGUGGUGUGGUCGUGAAUCAGAAAGAUGUUGAUGCCAUCAUGGGCCGCACUAAGUAG